AUGUUGGAAUUGGGAACUUGUUCGGUCAGCGCUCAGACCCUCUCUGACCGCAAUGCCCUGGCAGUCCCGUCUUUCAAUCAGGGCAUGUGUGGAGGGAGCCCGCCACAGCAAAGUUUCCUCCUCCAGUCUCAGGACCCAGAGAGCUGGCUCAAGCACCGGGGAACCCUGGAGGACGGCUCCCACUCCUGUUCACUCCUGGAGCCCCAGAGCCUGGCUGACAGCUUCCUGUCCCAUGCAUCCAGUUUCGACACGCUCUAUGUCCCCCACGCCUGUCCCAUGGGUCUGGCACCAUCCUCCCUGGAUCUUGGAGGGUCAUGCGAGGGGGCGGCCUCGUUGUGUCUGGACCCCGACAUGCCCGUCAGCCCGAAUAUCAUUAAACGGCGCAGGGGGGGACUCAUUGAACAACGGGACAUCAUUAAAGCACACCAGGCACACAAGAUCCAGAGCACCCCACAGGCCCGGCGCAAGGAAUGGGAAAUGGCUCGCUUCGGAGACGAUGUUCCCGGUCUGCCGGGAGCCGGGGAUGGGGGUUCGGAGCGCAGUCGGAACCGGGAUGCACCGGCGGUAUCCACAGGUGGAGUUUCACCAGCCUUCAAACAGACCAAAGCGCAACGAGCCCGAACCAUGGCCCUCUACAACCCCAUCCCGGUCCGACAGAACUGCUUCACCGUCAACAGAUCGCUCUUCAUCUUUGGAGAGGACAACAUCGUUAGGAAGUAUGCUAAAAAGAUCAUAGAAUGGCCUCCGUUUGAAUACAUGAUCCUGGCCACCAUUAUCGCCAACUGCAUUGUCCUGGCCUUGGAGCAACACCUGCCUGGAGAGGACAAGACACCCAUGUCAAAAAGACUUGAAAAAACAGAGCCCUACUUUAUAGGAAUGUUUUGUUUUGAAGCUGGAAUAAAAAUCAUUGCCUUGGGAUUUGUAUUCCACAAGGGCUCGUACCUGAGGAAUGGCUGGAACGUCAUGGACUUCAUUGUCGUCCUAAGUGGGAUUCUGGCCACAGCAGGAGCCCACAUGAAUAUUUCAUUAGACCUGCGCACGCUGAGGGCUGUGAGGGUAUUACGGCCCCUUAAACUGGUUUCUGGCAUUCCUAGUCUGCAAAUAGUUCUUAAAUCCAUAAUGAAGGCGAUGGUGCCACUGCUACAGAUUGGUCUGCUGCUGUUUUUUGCCAUUCUCAUGUUUGCUAUUAUCGGACUAGAGUUCUACAGUGGAAGACUCCACAAAAGAUGUGUAGCUUAUUCAAACAUUACAGACUCUGAGAGAGCAGACUCAUCUGAAAUUGAUUUCCCAUGUGGGGCCAAGAAUUGUCCUGAAAAUUAUAACUGCUCCGGCCCCUGGCCCGGACCCAACGAUGGCAUCACUCAGUUUGAUAACAUCUUAUUUUCAAUACUCACUGUCUUCCAGUGCAUCACCAUGGAAGGCUGGACAGCUGUACUCUAUAAUACCAACGAUGCCUUAGGCUCUACUUGGAAUUGGCUCUACUUCAUUCCUCUAAUAAUAAUUGGCUCCUUCUUUGUGUUGAAUCUGGUAUUAGGAGUCCUGUCAGGGGAGUUUGCUAAAGAGCGAGAGCGGGUGGAGAACCGAAGAGCCUUCAUGAAGCUCAGAAGACAGCAACAGAUCGAAAGGGAGCUGAAUGGGUAUCGGGCCUGGAUCGACCGUGCAGAGGAGGUGAUGCUUGCAGAGGAGAACAAGAAUUCAGGACCUUCUGCUUUAGAUGUGCUAAAAAGAGCCACCACAAUAAAGAGAAGAGGGGUGGAUGAUGUUCGGAGAUCUCCAGAGGAACAGUAUGCUGACAUAUCGUCUGUAGGGAUGCCAUUGAACAGAGCCAGCAUACGCAGUGCUAAAAGAGGACCAACGUCCUAUUUCCGUCGGAAAGAACGCAUGCUACGGAUUUCCGUUCGCCGUAUGGUGAAGACUCACACCUUCUACUGGAUCGUUCUGAGUCUGGUGGCCCUCAACACUUUCUGUGUCGCCAUCGUACACCACAAGCAGCCUCAGUGGUUGUCUAGUCUCCUUUACUUUGCAGAGUUCUUGUUUCUAGGCCUGUUUCUUACAGAGAUGUUUCUCAAGAUGUAUGGACUUGGGCCCAGACUCUAUUUCCACUCCUCCUUCAACUGCUUUGAUUUUGGGGUGAUAGUAGGCAGUAUUUUUGAGGUGCUCUGGGGGUUCUUCAGACCUGGCACAUCCUUUGGGAUCAGCGUUCUGCGUGCCUUGCGGUUGUUGAGAAUUUUCAAGAUCACAAAGUACUGGGUGUCCCUGAGGAACCUGGUUGUGUCUCUGAUGAACUCCAUGAAGUCCAUUAUUAGUUUGCUCUUCCUGCUUUUCCUCUUCAUUGUGGUCUUUGCACUUCUGGGCAUGCAGCUCUUUGGUGGAAGGUUCAUCUUUGAAGACUACACACCCACAAAUUUUGACACUUUUCCAGCAGCCAUCAUGACAGUGUUUCAAAUUCUCACUGGCGAGGACUGGAAUGAAGUCAUGUACAAUGGCAUCCGGUCUCAAGGUGGCGUGAAGUCUGGGAUGUGGUCGUCUGUCUACUUCAUUGUUCUGACUCUGUUUGGAAAUUAUACACUGCUCAACGUCUUCUUGGCUAUCGCUGUUGACAAUUUGGCCAAUGCCCAGGAGCUCACAAAGGAUCAAGAGGAGGAGGAAGAGGCGUUUAAUCAGAAACAUGCCCUGCAGAAAGCCAAGGAGGUUGGGCCAAUGUCCUCUUUCAUGUCCUCAGAGAGGAGGAGAAGGCCCUACCUGUACAGGAAGCGUGCAAUUCACCGGAGCCGUGCGGCUUACUCCUUUGAGGAUUCAGAGAGUCUGGCUGAUGCUCGUCCACUCAAUGCCUCUAACUCUUUCAUGUCCAGGAGAGAGAGAAGGAGGAGAUUGACCAUGUCAGUUUGGGAGCAGAGGACCAGCCAGUUGCGCCGACACAGACAGAUGUCCAGCCGCGAGAUCCUUUUCAGCAGCCCCAGUGAGGAGCACGAUGGACCACCUGGCUGCCUUCACCACAAGAAGCCUGGGAUAUCUCCAUCUAACAGCAAGCGCAUAGCCAUCGAGACCACAACAACCACCACCAUGCCGGAGGCUACCUUAGAGCCACCCAUGGCUAUGGACAUGCCCGUGGAUGAGCAAGCUCUGUCCAUUCCUAUUCCUGAACCCCCUUUAGCUAUUCCAAUACCGGAGCCACCAAUGCCUGUGGACAUAUCCCUCCCUGAACCCCCAGUGACGCUGAACCUACCCCUAACAGAGCUGUCUGAAUCAAAGACCUCACCCGAGGGCACUCUGGACAUCAACAACCAUUGCCCCAGACUGAAUGGAAACAGGCGGCAGCGGGCAGUCCGUAAGUACAGGCCUCCUGCGAUGGGGGACAUGCUGACCCCUGAUAUGGGGCCCAGGCCCCGACGCCCACACCACCGUGAACCUCAAACAGAUGCCAGGGGUAAAGAAACACCACAAGGAGACGGUGGUGUUGACAGUAGAGAACAAAGGCCCUGGAAUGAGGGAGAUGACAAGGAUUCAAAGAAUGAUGGAGCGAUCAGUCCAGAUGGCAGGGUGCUUGAACAGAGGCAGAACAAACCAGACAACUCUGAAUCAUCAGAAACCAAACCAACCAAUUCCCCCCACAAAAACCCACCUCAGGACUCAGAACCUGCAACUCUACAGCUCACUGACAGCACUCUCCAGCAGUCCCCACAGGCAACUUUGGGUGCCGGCGAGACCGAUAAUAACAACCGCGGAUGCUUGAAUCAGGAUAAGUCCUCCUUCAACACCAGCAUCAUGAUAGAGGUCACCGACACUCAGCCAUCCAUGGAGCUGACCUCCAUUACGGGUAAUAGUAAAGACGUGGAGGCCUCAAAACCAGAGAAAGAAGAGGAAACCCCAGAUGCACCAGAAGCCCCUCCACCUGUCAGCAUGUUCAUCUUCAAACCCAACAACCCGGUCCGCAGGGCCUGCCACUAUAUUGUCAAUCUUCGUUAUUUUGAGAUGUCAAUCCUUCUUGUGAUCGCCGCCAGCAGUAUCGCCUUGGCUGCUGAAGACCCUGUCAACACUAAUUCGGACAGGAACAAAGUGCUGCGCUAUUUUGAUUAUGUAUUCACUGGUGUCUUCACAUUUGAAAUGAUAAUCAAGAUGAUUGAGCAGGGUUUGAUCUUACACGAUGGCUCCUAUUUCCGUGACCUGUGGAACAUUCUGGACUUCAUAGUUGUGGUGGGAGCUCUGGUGGCCUUUGCUCUCACGAAUGUGAUGGGGAGUAACACAGGAAGAGACAUUAAAACCAUCAAAUCACUGCGUGUUCUCAGAGUAUUGAGGCCUCUUAAGACUAUUAAAAGACUUCCCAAACUCAAGGCUGUGUUUGACUGUGUGGUCACAUCGCUAAAGAAUGUCUUCAACAUCCUCAUCGUCUACAAGCUCUUUAUGUUCAUAUUUGCAGUCAUUGCAGUGCAACUUUUCAAAGGGAAAUUUUACUACUGUACCGACAGUUCCAAGGACACAGAAGACGAGUGCAAGGGUUACUACAUUGACUAUGACAAAGACAAGAAAAAAGAGAAACGAGAGUGGAAGAGACGUGAUUUUCAUUAUGAUAACAUCAUGUGGGCUUUGUUGACUCUCUUCACUGUAUCCACUGGGGAAGGGUGGCCGCAAGUUUUGCAGCACUCUGUGGAUGUGACCGAGGAGGACCGGGGUCCCAGUCAGGGAAACAGAAUGGAGAUGUCCAUCUUUUACGUCAUUUAUUUUGUGGUGUUCCCCUUCUUCUUCGUCAACAUAUUUGUGGCCCUCAUCAUCAUCACCUUCCAAGAGCAGGGUGACAAAAUGAUGGAGGAGUGCAGUCUGGAGAAAAACGAGAGGGCUUGUAUCGACUUUGCCAUCAGUGCCAAACCUUUGACUCGCUAUAUGCCUCAGAACAGACAGACCUUACAGUACCGGCUGUGGCACUUUGUGGUGUCUCCCGUAUUUGAAUACACCAUACUGACGAUGAUCGCCCUUAACACCAUUGUUCUCAUGAUGAAGCAUCAUGAUCCUCGUAUUGAAGGUUAUGACAAUGCGCUAAAAUACCUCAACACUGUGUUCACUGUUAUUUUCACUGUGGAAUGUGUUCUCAAGAUCCUGGCAUUUGGAAUUAUGAAUUAUUUCAGAGACACAUGGAAUAUAUUUGACUUCAUCACAGUCCUAGGAAGCAUCACUGAAAUUGUGGUUGACAAAGUCCACACUGUAAAAGGUUUUAAUAUGGGCUUCCUGAAGUUAUUCCGGGCAGCUCGGCUGAUUAAACUUCUGCGUCAGGGCUACACCAUUCGUAUUCUGCUCUGGACUUUUGUCCAGUCCUUCAAGGCUCUUCCAUAUGUCUGUCUGCUAAUCGCCAUGCUGUUUUUCAUCUAUGCCAUCAUUGGCAUGCAGGUAUUCGGCAACAUCAAGCUAAAUCCCAAAACCCAAAUCAACGAACACAAUAACUUUAGGACAUUUUUUGGUGCUCUCAUGCUGUUGUUUAGGAGUGCAACAGGUGAGUCGUGGCAAGAAAUCAUGUUAUCGUGUUUAGGAGAGAAGGAUUGUGAAAAAGACGAAUCACUCAACAACUCAACAACAAAUGAGAAAAAAGAUUGUGGUACCGAAUUUGCAUACUUCUACUUUGUCUCCUUCAUCUUCUUCAGUUCUUUUCUGAUGCUAAAUCUGUUUGUGGCCGUGAUCAUGGAUAAUUUUGAGUACCUGACACGUGACUCGUCCAUUCUGGGUCCUCACCACUUGGAUGAGUUUGUACGGAUCUGGGGAGAGUAUGACCGUGCAGCAUGUGGCCGUAUUCAUUAUACUGAUAUGUACGAGAUGCUGACCUGCAUGUCGCCACCGCUUGGCCUGGGCAAGAAAUGCCCCUCCAAAGUGGCGUAUAAGCGGUUGGUUCUGAUGAACAUGCCAGUGGAUGAGGACAUGUCCGUCCACUUCACCUCCACUCUUAUGGCCCUGAUACGCACUGCGCUGGACAUUAAAAUCGCUCGAGGGGGUGAGGACAGGGGUCAGAUGGACAUAGAAUUGCAGAAGGAAAUCAGUGUCAUCUGGCCACACCUCUCCCAGAAAUCUCUUGAUCUGUUUGUACCCAUCCACAAAGCCAGUGACAUGACCAUUGGGAAGAUUUAUGCAGCCAUGAUGAUCAUGGACUACUACAAGCAGAACAAAGCUAAGAAGCUCCGUCAACAGCUUGAGGAACAGAAACAUGCACCGAUGUUCCAGCGUAUGGAUGCAUCUUCACUGCCACAGGAAAUUCUCUGCAGUGCCAAAGCUCUGCAAUUCCUGUCACACAAUGCAGGAUCUGCCCUGAGUAGAGGUGGGUUUGUAGCACUGAGUCCCAUAUCACCUCAAGACCUCUUCAUGCAGCCCUUGGCCCAAGACAGCAUGGAAGAGAGGGAUGAAUACCAACACCAGUAUCACCUUCAGAGUAUGGAAGAAGAUGUGGCAAAAGGAGUAAAUGUUGCUGUCUCUGGUUCUGAGUCUGUUGCCAUGGUGGAUAUGGAAGAUAAAAAUAAAAAGGAAUAUCGAGGCCCACCUGGCUUGUCAGGUCCUCCAGGUGAAAAAGGAGACAAAGGCUAUGCGGGAGUGAUGGGCCGGACGGGCCGGACAGGGUACAGAGGACCGAUUGGACCACCCGGCAUGCCUGCUAUUAUAGUCUGGUACACAUCAGAAGAAGAAUGGCAAGCACUCAAGAGAGUGAAGGGAUUACCAGGAACUUUGGGACCACGUGGAGAUCCUGGACCACCCGGAAGAAUAGGUCCAGUUGGAAUGCCAGGGCCACCUGGUAGACCAGGACCAGAGGGCACAGCUGGGAAGGACGGGGAGAAGGGCCCAACAGGAACACCUGGGGAGGAUGGCCCAAAAGGUUAUGCAGGAGAGAAAGGCAGUAAAGGGGAGCUGGGUGAGUGGGGUGAUCUUGGCGAACAGGGGCCUCAGGGAACCAAAGGAAGAAAAGGAGAGAUGGGGCCACCUGGACCUAGAGGACCACAGGGAUUCAUGGGCCCACCUGGUCCACCGGGACAGACAGGGGGGCUUGGGUUCACUGGAUCACCAGGACCACCAGGUCGCACAGGACCGAGAGGGUUGAAGGGAGUUCCAGGCGUCAACGGACCCCCUGGACAACUUGGUGAGAUGGGGCCAAGGGGACCACCUGGCAAACCAGGAGAGGAAGGGCCUGAUGGUAUUAUCGGUAUUCCUGGUGUUCCUGGACCACAGGGAAAACCAGGUGGCAAUGGACCACCAGGUCAAAAAGGAGACCCUGGAGAUACAGGAAUUGAGGGAGACAUUGGGAGUCCAGGACCACCGGGUAUAAAAGGUGCCAAUGGAAAUCCAGGAAAACAUGGACCCUCAGGUGAUCCAGGUCUGAAAACGCAGCGUGGAAUGAAAGGAGAUCCUGGCCAAAAGGGAGAUCAAGGUCCUCCGGGGUUGCCAGGCAAACAGGGAUUCAGAGGCAGAGGAGGGUGGUCUGGUGUACAGGGAGAGAUUGGCCCUACUGGACCUGCUGGUUUACCAGGGCCCACGGGCUAUGAUGGUCCUAUUGGAGAUCCGGGGAGAGAGGGAAAAGAUGGACUUAAGGGAGAGAGAGGCCCCCCUGGUAUCCAAGGUGUUCCUGGAACACGAGGUGACAAGAGUCGGACUGGCCAAGGGGGAUUUGCUGGUUUUCUAGGACCUUUGGGACUGCAGGGUGUUUCAGGGAGUAGAGGACAGGAUGGCACUCACGGAGCACCUGGAUCUGUUGGACCACAUGGAUCAGAUGGAGAUAGAGGACCUCAGGGUCCCCGGGGUUUACAGGGAAGGAGUGGUGCAUCAGGAAUCCAAGGUCCCGUUGGAAAAAGUGGUGUCAAAGGCAGAGAGGGUUCAGUAGGGUUUCAUGGCAGUCAUGGGGAGAAGGGGAAAAAUGGCCCUGAGGGGCCCAAAGGAAAACCCGGUCAGCAAGGUCCUCGAGGCCUACCAGGAGAGAAGGGCUACAAAGGACCUGCUGGCCCACAAGGAAAUAUAGGCCAGUGGGGUGAGACAGGUCUGCAGGGGCCGGUAGGAAAUCAAGGGCCCAGAGGACCACCUGGGCUGCAUGGAGUGACUGGGUACCCAGGUAAAGAUGGACUACCUGGACCCCUCGGACCUCCAGGAGAUAAGGGCAAUAAGGGACUGAGAGGAGCCAGUGGACUGAAGGGAGUUGCCGGUAUUGAUGGUGAGGAGGGCCCAAUGGGUGAAACUGGACCAGUUGGACCAGUAGGAAGUAAAGGCUUGCCUGACAGAACUGUCGGUUGUAGGGUGAGAAGGCUAAAGAAGGAUCUUUUGGUGAUCGUGGCCCAAAAGGAAUCCAAGGAGAGAGUGGAAAUCGAGGACCACCUGGAGUCAAAGGACCAAAAGGACAAGAAGGGUCGAGUGGUGCCCCGGGGCAGAAGGGAGAUCCUGGAUCCCCUGGUGAAAAAGGUCAGCCAGGGUUUGCCAGGAAAAGAAGGAUUUGUUGGAAAAACUGGAAAACAUGGACCAAAAGGAGAGCCUGGAGUUAAAGGGAAUCCAGGCGGCCAUGGGAAGAUCGGAUCAAUUGGUGUUUCAGGUCCAAGUGGGAAGAAAGGAGAGCCUGGAACAAGAGGCAUAAUGGGACCAAUGGGUCAGCCAGGAGCUGUGGGUCCUCAUGGACUAAAGGGAAAACCAGGAUCUUCAGGACCUCCAGGGGAAAAAGGAUUCAAGGGUCAACCAGGGCCAAAAGGUGACAUUGGAUUCCGAGGACCUCCAGGGAAACCAGGUCCUUCAGGUAGUGCUGAACACCGGGUUUGCAAGGGAGUCAAGGACUACCUGGACCAAAAGUAA